UUCAAACUUUCUUUGGUUUUCCACUUAAAAAUCUCCAAAACAGAAGUAAAAAAUACUGUCAUAUUAUGGAAAUUCUAAAUCCAAGAUUGGAUCUUACUAUAUCUCGGUAUCAUCAAUCAUCACUUCCCUCAACAUCUUCGUUUAACAAAAUCAGACAUCGAGCAUCAUAUUACUAUCCACACCGAAUUCAAUAUGUACAUAAGAAGUUUAACACUUAUGCCAAUGAAUUAGAAUUUCGUAGAUUAAGAAUUUGGUCUGAAGAUAACUCCUUUGGAGAAGAAAAAGAAGAGGAUUCGAAUGGUGUUACCAGGUUCAAUGAUAAGCUUAAGGAUGAUGGAAUGAAGAAAAAAUUGAUCAAAUCAGUUGGAAAAAACUUUUUAGGUUUUGCAGCUACAGCUGCUGCUGUUAUAUCAGUUUGUUCAGUUACUACUCCAGCUUUGUCUGGAUCUCUUACCGUAGCUUUCCCUGUUUCUCGAGCUCGCGAGGUUAGUAGAGUACAGAGAACACUUGUUGAGACAUGGGGUUUGAUUCGAGAAAGCUUCGUUGAUCCAACUUUCAAUCAUCAAGAUUGGGACUCCAAGCUUCAACAGACCAUGGUAGAAAUGCUUCCAUUGAGGUCAGCUGAUGCAGCAUACAACAAGAUCAGUGGAAUGCUUUCUACUCUUGGCGAUCCUUUUACUCGCAUUGUUAGCCCAAAGGAAUAUCAAAGUUUCAGAAUUGGAAGUGACGGAAAUCUACAAGGGGUAGGACUCUUCAUAAAAGUUGAACCAAGCUCGGGGCACUUGGUUGUCAUGUCCUGUAUAAAUGGAAGUCCGGCUUCUCGUGCUGGUAUACAUGAAGGAGAUGAGCUAAUUGAGAUAGAUGGGGAGAGGCUUGACGGCGUUAACGGAGAAAUGGCAGCUCAAAAACUCCGGGGCCAUGUUGGAACAACAGUUACAGUAAAACUUCAUAAUGGUAAAGAAUCAGGAAGUGGUUCUGGUUUCAAAGAGGUCAAACUGUCUCGUGAAUAUAUCAAGCUUUCUCCUUUAUCAAGUGCCGUCAUCACUCAAAAAACCUUGGAUGGCCAUCCAUUUAAGACUGGAUAUGUAAAGCUGUCAGCUUUUUCUCAGACUGCUGCUGAUGAAAUGGAAAGCGCCAUUGAAGAAAUGGAAAGCCAGGGAGUACAGUCUUACAUACUAGAUCUGCGUAACAAUCCUGGAGGUUUGGUUAAAGCUGGAUUGGAUGUUGCUCAAAUUUGGCUAGAUGGUGAUGAAACUCUUGUCAAUACCAUUGACCGGGAUGGAAACAUGUUACCCAUUAACAUGGUCAAUGGGCAUGCUUUAACACGCGAUCCACUGGUUGUUCUUGUGAAUGAAGGAAGCGCUAGUGCUAGUGAAAUUUUGGCUGGAGCAUUGCACGAUAAUGGUCGAGCUAUUCUUGUGGGGCGCAAAACCUUUGGUAAAGGCAAAAUCCAGAGUGUUACUGAGCUGCAUGAUGGCUCUGCACUGUUUAUAACAGUCGCCAAGUAUGUAUCACCUUCGUUUCACGAGAUUGAUCAGGUUGGUAUUACACCUGAUGUGCAAUGCACCGCGGAUAUACUAACUGCACCCAAAGAAGUAAAAAAUGGUGUCUCCUCUCUUGAGGGGGACUCAUGUAUCAUGGUAGCUGAGCAUCAGUUGGAGAUUCAGAAAUCCAAGGGAUCUGCUUCAUGAAAGUGUGUUGUUAUGUUUAUAAGCAGGGAAAUCUCGAUUUAUUAAUAAAAACGUGUAUAAGUAAAACCCAAGAAGGGUAAACACGCCUCUGUAUAAAGUCACGGAAUACCAAGAGUUUGGAUGUGUAAAUAAUGUGAACCAUAUAUCUGUAAGUUCAAUGAGAGAAUGUUUGUAAAUGCAAUUAAUACACAAAACAUUGUCCAAAA